UGUGAGGCUAUAGCGCGCGAUUCGGGUUUGUGAAAUCCAUCCAUGGGGAAUUGCUGCUCCUGUGUUAAAAGUGAGGCGAAUACCAGAUCAUCCGUUGCUCCUGGAAAUUAUUCUCUUUCAUCAAGUAAACUAGAAGACUCUGAUACAUACCGUCCUUCACAAUCGGAAGAGCUAGAGGACUCUAACCUGGUCAUCAGCUCUGAAACAUAUGUGAAUGGAAGUGGGUUGGACGCUAGAGACUCUAAAGGGGAGAUGCGUAGGCCCUUUUAUGUGCUCAUUCCACCACUGGUUGGAAGAGGGAGUAAUAGCUCAGGUGAUAUUAAGAAGACAAACAACAAUACCAUCAAUGGUGCAUUAAGCACUGGUGGAAUGGGGAAUGGAACUAGUGCAGUGGAAGUGUCAGAAAACAAUUUAGUGGCCUUCUAUGAAAGCUACUGUGGAAAUACUGAAGACAGGAUUGAAGAUGCCAUAACCACUGAUGGAAUACUUCAUCUGUGUGCUGAUUUGGAUUUAGCGGCUGACGACUUUCGUAUUCUUUUAUUUGCAUGGAAGUGCGAUGCAGCUCAAAUGGGCAAGCUCAGCAAGAAUGAAUUCUUACAAGGAUGUCGACUAUUAGGAACAGAUUCGCCUCGUAGUCUCAAGUUCAGCUUAGAACAAUUAGUAAAAGAAGUAGAGGACAGCGAAGUUUUCAGUGACGUUUACCGCUAUGCGUUUCGCUUCGCUCUGGAUGUAGAGUGUGGUCAACGCUCUUUGCCUGUUGAUGUAGCCGUUUCACUUUGGCGGCUUGUAUUUACUCAUCGACCCGUCCCUCUCCUUGAUCGUUGGAUCGAAUUUCUUGAACAGUCUCCUCCACCUGUUCGAGCUAUACCCAGGGAUACAUGGUGCAUGUUUCUACACUUAGUGGACGCUGUGGGAAAUGAUCUUUCCCGCUACGACGACACAGAAGCUUGGCCUAGCCUUUUUGACGAUUUCGUUGAAUGGGCCAAUGAUCGAGCCAACCAAAAUGUGCUGCACGCCAAGGAAGAACUACACUGAUGGUGAUCAACCCUCAGCUUCUUCCCGUAUUCGUUUCGCUUUGCUGUAUUAAGUUUUUCUCUCUUCUCACCUUGAAUCGUUUCAGAUGAGUGUAUUAACUAUGUGGUUUUUUAAGACAUGAUAAUUGCUGAUGGAUGAGUGAGUUAUUGAAUUCGUAUUUGUAUCGGUUAGUUUACUUUGAAUCUUCGUCCACCUUGACUCUCAUUUAUACUAUGAAAACAAUAUCUGCUGUGAUUCCUUGACGACUUUCGCCGUACAGAGUACUGACCUGCCAAUGUCCCUCUUUUUUAAACGGCCCCUCUUGUUCACGUCUUUGAAAUAUCGUGUCUUUCUCAAACCACCUUUAUUUUCUCCAAUUGUUUAUACUGUAGUUUGAGAAGAACUGUCUUUGAUUGGUAACAAUUUGAUUGACCAUGAUUGCCACUCUAAAGAGUAGGUAUAUAUUGGUAUUUCUGUAUACCCACCCUUUUUUCCCGAAUGUAACGUACCGUAAGCCUGUUUGUGUGUUUAUGUAAAAUCGGUAUUUUUCCUGUGACUGUUGAUUGCUUUCUACUUGUUUAUGUGCUAUUCUUAGACCACUGUGGAUGAAGACAUCAAUACAGAUGUGAAUGUAAGCCUUUGGCUUAUACAGAUGAAA